AUGCUGCCCACAGCUCCCCGACCCCGCAUGGAGCACCCCCAGCACAGCACCCGUCCGUCUCUUCGCGGGCUUUAUGGACGGAGUGGUUUUGCCUCCUUCUUUAAGUCGUCAGCGCCCUCAGCCACUCGGCCUGAGACACAGCCUCUUCUCCCUGCCUCCAGGCGCCCCUCGCCCCCCGGGAGGGACACCUACGGCACCUCCUCGCUGAGCAGCAGCAGCAAUUCUGGCUCCUACAAGGGCAGCGACAGCAGCCCCACCCCAAGGCGCUCGGCCAAAUACAACCUGUGCAGUGACAACCAUGGCAUCAAACCACCCACACCAGAGCAGUACCUGACCCCACUGCAGCAGAAGGAGGUUUGCAUCCGGCACCUGAAGGCCCGCCUGAAGGACACGCAGGAGCGGCUGCAGGACAGGGACGCCGAGAUCGAGGACCUGAAGACGCAGCUGUCGCGGAUGCAGGAGGACUGGAUCGAGGAGGAGUGCCACCGCGUGGAGGCCCAGCUGGCGCUGAAGGAGGCCCGCAAGGAGAUCAAGCAGCUGAAGCAGGUGAUCGACACGGUGAAGAACAACCUGCUGGAGAAGGACAAGGGGCUGCAGAAGUACUUCGUCGACAUCAACAUCCAGAACAAGAAGCUGGAGACGCUGCUGCACAGCAUGGAAGUGGCACAGAACGGCGCGGGGCUGAAGGAGGAGGGGGCUGCUGAGUCGGCGGGGGGAUCCCCGGCGAGAUCCCUCACCCGCAGCUCCACCUACACCAAGCUGAGCGACCAGGCGGGCGGCGAGCGCACCGUGGGCGGAUCGCAGACCAUUUCGGUGGACGAAGGGGCCGACAGCGGCUUUGCUGGGGGGGACGAAGCUCCCGGCCGCCCGGACUUGUUAGAAGGGGGGGAGCCCUGCGGGCGGCUGCCGCCCAGCUCCACCUACGAGAAGCUGCUGGGGCUGCGGGGCGGCGUAGAGGCGGGCGUGCAGGCCAGCUGCAUGCAGGAGCGCGCCAUCCAGACGGACUUUGCGCACUGCCAGCCCGACCUGGACACCCUCCUGGAGAAGGUGAUGAAAUCCCAAGCGUGCAGCUUGGGCAGCCCCACCUCGGUUUGGGUGUCCGAGAUGGAAGACGUGGCGCCGGGCUGCGAGAUGCCGAACCCCGCCGGCGUUAUGGACCUGGAGCCCGAGGACGGGGAGGUGCCCCACAACCCCACCGUGCAGCAGCCCCCCAGCGCCGGCCCUUCGGUGGCCAUCGCCUGCGCGCCCGAGGAGGAUGCGACAGCGGAGCCGGGCUGCGACGGCGCUCCAUCCAAGAGCUAUUGGAGCCGCCACUUCAUCGUGGAUCUGCUGGCCGUGGUGGUGCCGGCUGUGCCCACGGUGGCGUGGUUGUGCCGCUCGCAGCGCCGCCAGGGCCAACCCAUCUACAACAUCAGCUCGCUGCUGCGCGGCUGCUGCACCGUGGCCCUGCACUCCAUCCGCAGGAUGGGCUGUCGCGCCGUCAGCAGCCCCAACCCCGGGGGCGGAGCGCAACCCUGA